AUGGCCAAGUUCGGCGAGGGCGAUAAGCGUUGGAUCGUCACGGAGCGCCCUGACGGCACCAACGUCCACAACUGGCACUGGGCCGAGACCAACUGUCUCCAAUGGUCAAGAACCUUCUUCCGAACGCUCUUUGCCGACGUCGCCGUCACCCACGGCGACCUCUCCGUCACAGUCAGGAAGGUGGAGAAGCUUGAUGGCGAGGCCUACGUUAACGUGCGGAAGGGGAAGGUGAUUCCCGGGUACGAGAUCGCCGUCACGCUAGCGUGGGAGGGCGAGGCGUGUGGCUCCGACGGGAAGGUCCUGCAGAAGGUUAACGGCGCCGUCGAGAUCCCGUACAUCUCCGACGAGAACGCCGGCGAGGAUCCCGAUGUUAGGGUUACGGUGAAGGACGGUGGAGAGGUUGGGAAGAGGUUGAAGGAGGUGGUGGUGGAGAAGGUGAAACCGGUGAUUUUGGAGAAGGUUAGGGUUUGGGUGGAGAGCAUGGCGAAGGGUGGGCCCGUGAAGGAUGAUCUUGAAGCCAAGAAAGUGGUGUCACAGAAGAACAAUAGCGAUAGAAGCAGUAAUAGUAAUAUUAAUAGUAAUGGUAAUAAUGAGAAUGAGUUGAAGAAAAAUGAGAAGAGUGAAGGGAAGAAGGGUUUUAAGACGAUUAGUUUGACCGAGAGGUUUAAUUGUAGGGCGAAGGAUUUGUUUGAGAUUCUGAUGGAUGAGAAUAGAUGGAGGGGUUUCACGCAUAGUAAUGCGAAGAUUAGCAAGAAGGUUGGGGGUGAGUUUAGUAUUUUCGAUGGGUCUGUGACUGGGAGAAAUUUGGAGUUGCAGGAAGGGAAGUUGAUCGUGCAGAAGUGGAGGUUUGGGAGCUGGCAUGAUGGGAUUCAAUCCACGGUGAGGAUUGUGUUUGAGGAGCCUGAAAGUGGAGUCACAGUUGUUAAGCUCACGCAUAGUGAUGUGCCUGAAGAAGACAGAUAUGGGAAUGCAACUGUGGUGGAGAACACAGAGAGGGGAUGGCGGGAUCUCAUUUUCCAAAGGAUAAGUGCUAUGUUUAGUUUUGGAAUUUGA